CUGCGCUUCCCUUUUCGGCAGGCUUUUCCCGCCAGGAUGGCCUCCGGUUCAGGAAAGGACCAAGAUGACAUCCAAACCCAAGAACCGGUACACGGGGAGCGCGACGAGUCCAGCGACGCCGCCGCCGCCGCCGUAGUCGCAGCAGCCGCCGAUGCGGCAGAGGAAGCCGCAGCACCGCCUGCCCCCGCUCCGCCCUCCGAGCGCCCCCAAGAAAGCCCCGUCCAUGGGCCACCGGGAGGCGGGGCCGGGGGCGGAGGCCAGAGCCCAUCUGCCGCCGUCCCGGUGGAGGCGGCGACGGUGCCCACCGAGUCGACGCGCAUCGAUAUAAAAAAGGUAUUCUACGAACUGUUGCUGGAGAACAAGACGAAACUGGGCCAGGGAUCGGCCGACCCGGACGAACCGGAGGGGCGACAGGCGGAGCAGGUGAAACCGCCGAAAACAUCACCUGAACAAGUGAAGAAGAAAUCGGCCUGGAGCAAGGUUAAAGGAAGCAUCAGAAACAGGUUUUCGGGCAGGAUAGGAAAGCAAAAGUGUUGCUCCGAUGAAAACUCCAUAGUAAUGGAACCUCAUGUGCAUCACGAGAUAAUCCCCAUGCUCAGGAUCAUUCCGCAUUACAAUCUCCUCGAAAUGGUAGCUGGACGAGGAGAACUAUUUCUUACAAAUGCACUGAACCUUCAUCGUGCCUACUAUGGAUUUAGGCCAGUACAUGGAGAUGGAGAGUGUUUCUACAGGAGCUUCAUAUUUUCCUACCUUGAGCAAGUUCUUGAUAGGCAGGAUGCACAUGAGGAACGUCGUCUUCUUGCUGUUGUUAAAACACUGGCUAGGCAACAUGCGCGCCUUGCAUUGACCUCCGAAUUUUCCAUGACCCACAAGGCAUUUAAGAAGUUGAUAAAGAAAGUAAAGAGAUGGAAGCAUGUAUCAAACAGUCGCAGCUAUUGCAGACAGAGACUUCUUGAGUUCUUCAGCGGUUAUGAGACGACAAAUGACAUUUUUUCUUUCCUCAGAAUAGUAGCAGCUGUCUGGAUAUGCUCGCACAGUGAACAGUUUGAACCAAGUAUACCUGAACUCAGCGAAGAUUUAACCCUCAGAGAUUGGUGCUUUCGCGAAGUUAUUCAGCGUAAGAUCUACACAGAUCAUGUUCAGAUAACUGCAUUAGUCACCGCUCUCGGGGUGCCACUCCGAGUGGAGUACCUCUCACAAACAGAAGGCCAAGACCUCUACGCUGGUGGCCAAGACUUCCAAGAUGACACGCCUAGAUGUGGAUGCUGGCCACGCCAUCGUCAUCAUGAAGUGCCCCGUGUGACCGUGCUCUUCUCAAGUACUCACUACGAUAUCAUGUACCCGUACCCUCAUGAUGAGAGCUCAACUAGUCGGGGAAGUUUGGUUUGGAGUCCCAUGUCAACAGAUUAUCGAGUUGGCCGCAGUGGCAAGAAUUCAUGUCAACAGAUUGACCAAGAUGGUCUGGGGGCCUGUAUUGAAGAUAGCUAUUGUCAAAAGACUUCCCUGCUAGAGCUAACUGCCGAGAAUCCAAGUCAACAAACUGGUCGGAGUAGCUGCAGUGCUAAGAAUAUAAAUCAGACAUCUGGAUAUGAAGCGCUACAAGCUCUUGAGCCAGCAGAGGUCCGGAAUGGUUCCUGUGGAGCUGUUAUUACUGCCAGUAUAAGGCUCGGGAUAUUACUUACCUUGUCAGUCUGCAAUCCAGUUCUUGACUGGUUUGCAUGCCGCUGCUUUGGGAAACGACGGCCACAACCCCCUCUACCAGAACACAGCUGGUUAUCUGUUAUGGGUAAACCUAUCAUUAACAUCGACUCAAGCUGUGCUAUUUGUGCUAGCACUAUGUGUAUUGAGGCGCAACAUAGGUUGUGUUUUGAACGAUUGCACGGAAAAGAAUCUUUCAAAUUCAAGGCCAAAGUACCUAAGGAACUUAAAACUAUUUGCUUCAAAAGAGGUAUCUGGAGCAGUGAACAUGGAGCUCCGGUGUUGGAGGUGCUUAGGGUGAUUACUGAUUUAGGGGGUAUCCUUACUGAAAGAGAUCCAAAUAGAAUAUAUCUUCCAAUCGAUGGGUUCAUUUAUCAGAUUAUGAAUCAAUAUUUUGGAGAGUACAAUUUCAUGUGUAUGCUCUAUGCAUACGGUCCCCUCAUUGGCAAUUUAUGGGCUGCAAAUGAAUAUUAUGAUGAUACAGUCGGUGAUCAAGUAUACAGAGGAAGAUCAAAAGAGUUCAGGACCCCUGCAUUUGGUGAAUAUCAUUCUGUAGUCUGCGUCUCUUACAAGUAUGACAUGGAAACAGAGGAAUUGUAUGUCAGAAUAAUGGAUAAUCACAAAGAUGACGGUCCUCUGAGGUGGAUUCUUUUUGAAGCCUUCGACGAGUUCAUCCUUCCUCUGCUGACCAAACCAGUUGGACUGCAUCAGCUUCACAAGAAGCAAAAAAAGGAUAAGCGUGAUAUCUCUUCUUAUGUCAGCCACCGGUUGUCCACUUGGGAGAGAACGGUCACUACGUGGCUUAUUAUGCGUGAACUCAAGAGAUAUUACAAUCCUGAAAGCAAAAGUGGUGGCCUCAGAAACCGGUUUCCGGGCAGGAUAGGAAGGCAAAAGUGUUGCUCUGAUGGAAACUCCAUAGUAAUGGAACCUCAUGUGCAUCACGAGAUAAUCCCCAUGCUCAGGAUCAUUCCGCAUUACAAUCUCCUCGAAAUGGUAGCUGGACGAGGAGAACUAUUUCAUACAAAUGCACUGAACCUUCAUCGUGCCUACUAUGGAUUUAGGCCAGUACAUGGAGAUGGAGAGUGUUUCUACAGGAGCUUCAUAUUUUCCUACCUUGAGCAAGUUCUUGAUAGGCAGGAUGCGCAUGAGGAACGUCGUCUUCUUGCUGUUGUUAAAGGACUGGCUAGGAAACAUGCACGCCUUGCAUUGACCUCCGAAUUUUCCAGGACCCACAAGGCAUUUAAGAAGUUGAUAAAGAAAGUAAAGAGAUGGAAGCAUGUAUCAAACAGUCGCAGCUAUUGCAGACAGAGACUUCUUGAGUUCUUCAGCGGUUAUGAGACGACAAAUGACAUUUUUUCUUUCCUCAGAAUAGUAGCAGCUGUCUGGAUAUGCUCGCACAGUGAACAGUUUGAACCAAGUAUACCUGAACUCAGCGAAGAUUUAACCCUCAGAGAUUGGUGCUUUCGCGAAGUUAUUCAGCGUAAGAUCUACACAGAUCAUGUUCAGAUAACUGCAUUAGUCACCGCUCUCGGGGUGCCACUCCGAGUGGAGUACCUCUCACAAACAGAAGGCCAAGACCUCUACGCUGGUGGCCAAGACUUCCAAGAUGACACGCCUAGAUGUGGAUGCUGGCCACGCCAUCGUCAUCAUGAAGUGCCCCGUGUGACCGUGCUCUUCUCAAGUACUCACUACGAUAUCAUGUACCCGUACCCUCAUGAUGAGAGCUCAACUAGUCGGGGAAGUUUGGUUUGGAGUCCCAUGUCAACAGAUUAUCGAGUUGGCCGCAGUGGCAAGAAUUCAUGUCAACAGAUUGACCAAGAUGGUCUGGGGGCCUGUAUUGAAGAUAGCUAUUGUCAAAAGACUUCCCUGCUAGAGCUAACUGCCGAGAAUCCAAGUCAACAAACUGGUCGGAGUAGCUGCAGUGCUAAGAAUAUAAAUCAGACAUCUGGAUAUUUCUUGACUGGUUUGCACGCCGCUGCUUUGGGAAACGACGGCCACAACCUCCUCUACCAGAACACAGCUGGUUAUCUGUUAUGGGUAAACCUAUCAUUAACAUCGACUCAAGCUGUGCUAUUUGUGCCAGCACUGUGUAUUGAGGCACAACAUAGGUUGUGUUUUGAACGAUUGCACGGAAGAGAAUCUUUCAAAUUCAAGGCCAAAGUACCUAAGGAACUUAAAACUAUUUGCUUCAAAAGAGGUAUCUGGAGCAGUGAACAUGGAGCUCCGGUGUCGGAGGUGCUUAGGGUGAUAACUGAUUUAGGGGGUAUCCUUACCCAAAGAGAUCCAAAUAGAAUAUAUCUUCCAAUCGAUGGGUUCAUUUAUCAGAUUAUGAAUCAAUAUUUUGGAGAGUACAAAUUCAUGUGUAUGCUCUAUGCAUACGGUCCCCUCAUUGGCAAUUUAUGGGCUGCAAAUGAAUAUUAUGAUGAUACAGUCGGUGAUCAAGUAUACAGAGGAAGAUCAAAAGAGUUCAGGACCCCUGCAUUUGGUGAAUAUCAUUCUGUAGUCUGCGUCUCUUACAAGUAUGACAUGGAAACAGAGGAAUUGUAUGUCAGAAUAAUGGAUAAUCACAAAGAUGACGGUCCUCUGAGGUGGAUUCUUUUUGAAGCCUUCGACGAGUUCAUCCCUCCUCUGCUGACCAAACCAGUUGGACUGCAUCAGCUUCACAAGAAGCAAAAAAAGGAUAAGCGUGAUAUCUCUUAUGUCAGCCGCCGGUUGUCCACUUGGGAGAGAACGGUCACUGCGUGGCUUAUUAUGUGUGAACUCAAGAGAUAUUACAAUCCUGAAAGCAAAAGUGGUGGCCUCAGAUACCGGUUUCCGGGCAGGAUAGGAAGGCAAAAGUGUUGCUCUGAUGGAAACUCCAUAGUAAUGGAACCUCAUGUGCAUCACGAGAUAAUCCCCAUGCUCGGGGUCAUUCAGCAUUACAAUCUCCUCGAAAUGGUUGGUGGACGGGGAGAACUGUUUCAUACAAAUGCACUGAACCUUCAUCGUGCCUAUUAUGGAUUUAGGCCAGUGCAUGGAGAUGGAGAGUGUUUCUACAGGAGUUUCAUAUUUUCCUACCUUGAGCAAGUUCUUGAUAGGCAGGAUGCACAUGAGGAACGUCGUCUUCUUGCUGUUGUUAAAGGACUGGCUAGGAAACAUUCCAUUCAAGCUUCUCAGAAGACUGUUAUCGCAUUUAAGAAGUUGAUAAAGAAAGUAAAGAGAUGGAAGCAUGUAUCAAGCAGUCGCAGCUAUCGCAGACAGAGACUUCUUGAGUUCUUCAGCGGUUAUGACACGACAAAUGACAUUUUUUCUUUCCUCAGAAUAGUAGCAGCUGUCUGGAUAUGCUCGCACAGUGAACAGUUUGAACCAAGUAUACCUGAACUCAGCGAAGAUUUAACCCUCAGAGAUUGGUGCUUCCGCGAAGUUAUCCAGCAUAAAGUCUACACAGAUCAUGUUCAGAUAACUGCAUUAGUCACCGCGCUCGGGGUGCCACUCCGAGUGGAGUACCUCUCGCAAGCAGAAGGCCUAGACCUCUACACUGGUGGCCAAGAUGAUACGCCAAGAUGUGGAUGCUGGCCUGGCCACGCCAUCGUCAUCAUGAAGUGCCCCGUGUGACCGUGCUCUUCUCAAUUGCUCACUAUGAUAUCAUGUACCGCGACCCUCCAGAUGAUGAGAGCUCAACUGGUAGGGUGAGUUUGGCUUGGAGUCCCACAUCAACAGAUUAUCGAGGUGGCCGCAGUGGCGAGAGUUCAGGUCAACAGAUUGGCCGAGUAAGUAGCAGCAGCGGUGAGAUUACACGGGCAGAGAGCUCUUAGUUGAUUAGUUCUACUGCUGCCCAUGAGUAGGAUGGGCAUAAGAGAAAUGCUGACUGGAGCCACACAGAUAGAGAAGUAGGCGCCCAGUGAUGAGAUACAUAGGCGUAUAGUUGUGGAUUGUUUCUUGUGCUGCCAAUCGGCAAUCGGGAUGAUCAGUAGCUGCCCUUGUCUGGAAACCCUGACAAGGAUGCAUGAGAACCUUGUGAUGUAGCUCGAUUAAAGUCUCGGCUUGGUACCAUUGAUUCUUUGCGAAUCGUGAUCACAUUCUUUUGACUAGCUUCCUGAUAUGUGUUUACCACUUGAUGUUCUGUCCGAUAUACAUACAAAUGGAAAUCUUUUGUCCGCUCAA